UGGAAAAUUAUCCGACAUGAAACCAUGGCUGCCGAGGGAAAAAUUUUCUCAAUCUACACUAUAAAUUCCGACGAACUCGUGAGCGCGAACCAGCUGAAGCUUUUGUGCUGAUCUGCGAAAUAAAAAUCGUCACUGAUAUUGGACUGAUGCACUAGAAGUUCAGAAGAAGGAGGAGGAGAAGAAGAAGAAGAAGAAGAAUGUCGUACCAGGGGUUUGGCAAGGCUUCAGGACCCAGUGCACCGCCGAAAUUGCAACAUUCAUUUGGAAGUUCAGCGCGUCCUGUUUCAGUUUCUCCUUCUCCGUCGACUUUCCCUGCAUUUUCCGAUGCUUCUCCUCCACGGGCUCCCAGAGUUCAGUCACAUCCUAUGGCUUUUCAAACCACUGGCGCUGCUCCAAGUCUUCAUCACCAAUAUGAUAGAGGACCUCGGGCUACAGUUAGAAUGGGGUCUCCAAGCCUGGCUUUUGAAAGCACCAGAUCAGCUGCAACUGAAAGUUAUUCCUAUCCAUCAGUGGGCUCUAGAGGGCCUAUUUUGUUUCCUACAAGGUCAGUUGAAGAGCAACAUUCUUCCUUCAAAGCUGUUGAUGCCCAAAGUCAUCCAAGUCGUGGAAUUACAUCUGUUGCCUCACCCCAAACGUCAGAUCAUGCUGUAGGUGAGGUUGCCCACCUCCUUACAAAAAGAAGCAGGUCACCUACUUACAUGCCUGGAGAUGAAAAAUUAUCAAAAAUUGCCGGUCACCCUGUCAUUAGAAGGCCUGCUUCAUCUUCCCAUACAUUUGACAAUCAGCCAAAGAUGCGAGGGAUUCAUGUGAACUCACAUUCCUACCAAGACCAAUACCCUUCUAAACGAUCUUAUGAUCAGGAUACAAAUAUUCUAACUGGAUUUGGUAAUGUUCAAGCACCAAAAGGAAACAGGUCACCAGAGCAACCAUCUGCUAGUGAUCUUCGGUAUGCACAGAGUAAUUUGCAAAGGUCUUCUAUCUCUCCUCCUCGGUCGUUUUCUAGAUUAAAUGCUCAUGAAGUUGGGGGUUCCAUGAAGAAUGUUUAUUCUGAAUCUGAAGCAACUAAGCCCAACAGCGUCCUAGUUCCCAAAAGAACAAGGUCGCCACCUUUGCCAUCAUCAGAUCUAGUCUUUGGUGGAAAUUCUCAUUCUACUUGUGAUGAUGCUGAACGAGAAAGGCUAGCUAAGGCAAAGAGACUUGUUCGGUUUAAGGAUGAAUUAGUCGAAGCUGCACGUAGCAAUUUGGGUAGUAUGGAUGAAAGGGAUAAUGGAAAUAAAAACGAGCACUCGAUGGCAGAUCCGAACAAAUACUUGUCAAAUCAGUCUCUGAAGUUAUCGGGGAAUGUGGCUGAUGGGAACAUGCCUGAUUAUGAAGCCUUAGAAUCAUCAAGCAUAAUAGUUGGGCUAUGCCCAGAUAUGUGUCCAGAGUCAGAGAGGGCAGAACGAGAAAGGAAAGGGGAUCUUGACCAUUAUGAGCGGUUGGAUGGGGAUAGAAAUCAUUCUAGCAAAUUGCUUGCAGUUAAAAAGUACAACAGGACAGCUGAGCGGGAAGCUAAUCUCAUAAGGCCUAUGCCAAUUCUGCGGAAAACAAUUGAUUAUCUGCUCAAUUUGUUAAGUCAACCUUAUGAUGAAAAGUUUUUAGGCACAUAUAACUUCUUAUGGGAUAGGAUGCGGGCGAUUCGCAUGGACUUGAGAAUGCAACAUCUUUUUAAUGAAGAUGCCAUUACCAUGCUGGAACAAAUGAUUCGUCUUCACAUAAUCGCGAUGCAUGAAUUAUGUGAAUUCUCUAAAGGAGAAGGCUUUGCCGAGGGAUUUGAUGCGCACCUUAAUAUUGAACAAAUGAACAAAACGUCAGUGGAAUUGUUUCAAAUGUAUGAUGAUCACAGAAAGAGAGGCAUAAUUGUGCCCUCUGAAAAGGAAUUUCGAGGUUAUUAUGCACUUCUCAAGCUGGACAAACAUCCUGGAUAUAAAGUUGAACCUGCAGAGCUCUCACUUGAUCUUGCAAAGAUGACUCCCGAGAUGCGACAAACUCCAGAAGUCAAAUUUGCCCGUGAUGUAGCUAGAGCUUGUAGGACGAGUAAUUUCAUUGCCUUCUUUCGUCUUGUGAGGAAAGCAAGUUAUUUACAAGCAUGCUUAAUGCAUGCUCACUUUGCGAAGUUGCGAACACAGGCUCUUGCAUCACUGCACUCUGGUCUUCAGAAUAACCAAGGACUACCAAUUGCCCAUGUCUGUAAGUGGAUUGGGAUGGAGGAAGAAGAUAUUGAAGGCCUUUUAGAGUAUCACGGUUUUCUGAUCAAGGUAUUUGAAGAGCCUUAUAUGGUUCGUGAAGGUCCAUUUCUUAAUAGCGACAAGGACUUUGCUACCAAGUGCUCAAAACUCGUUCAUAUGAAGAGGUCAAGAAUGAUAGUAAAUGAUGUCUCGCCUUGCAGUCAAAAUGAAAACUUGAUCACUGGUGCAACCAAAGAAAUUCCGUUGCCAAGGAUUAGAAAGGAAUCACAGACCUUUUCUUUUGAAAAGAUUAGUUCUCCCCGUACUGUAUCAGCUAAAAAGGAAAGUUCCAUACGUGUAACAAAUGAAGAAAUGACUGAAUUUGAUGAUCAGCCAACUCCAGUAGAUCACAAGCAAGUGCAACCAAUGAUUGAAACACCGAAAGUCAGCCAAUUGCAUGAAUAUAACCAUGAGGUGGAUGGUGCUCUCGUACAACAAUCUGGUCUUAGAUCAUGUGAACCUUUGAAGACUGAAAUUAAAUUUGUAGGCAAUCAAAACUAUGAUGGUCUUUUCACGACCUCUUCAAUGAAAAACAUUUCUACUGGGAUAGGAGUGUCUUUGCCACUUGUAACUGAAGCAUCACUUCAGAAUAUAUCAGUUUGUGGUUAUAAUGAUAGUGCUAUGGAAAGAGUUGAACCCCAGAUCUUAGUCAAUAAUGUGAUGGAAGAUAAAGAAACUUUGUAUGCUUCUGUGGAAAAUAAACAAGAUAUUGUUAUGGAAAGUUGUCAGGAUGAAGAAAUUGCAAAUGCAAGGCUGAAGUUGAUCUUAAGGUUAUGGAGGCGUCGAGCUCUGAAGAAAAAACAAUUACGUGAACAAAGGGUAUUAGCCGCUAAAGCGGCAUUUAGCACAUUGUCCGUGGGACCACCGGUCCAAUUGAAUAACCAUAAAAUUAGAAGUAUUGGUGUGUUUGACAUCGAUCAUACCUUGAGGGAAAGAUGGAAGAAGCAGGAAUUGUCAUGGUCCAUAGUUAAUGUUUCAGAUGUAGUAGCUAGCACUAUGAGCAGAAGGAAUGUGGAUGUGAAAUGUAUUUGUUGGAAACUUGUUAUCUGCUCUCAGAUGGACAAUGUUGGUGAUCUGGAUCAGAUGGGCCAAGAUUCUCGUUUUGCAGCAGGUUAUUGGUUGCUUUCUAAGCUCAUGCCUUCUAAAGCUGAUGAUCUAGUCUUAUCAUCUUCUUUUCUUUCCAUUUGGAGGAGUUGGAUUUCUUCCGAAAUUGGUGCGAAUCUAAGUUGUUUCUUGUCCAUAGUUAAGGAUACAGAAUUUGAUAAUCUUACAGAGACCGUGCACGGGGCAAGUGCAAUCUUAUUUGUUGCAACAGAAAGCAUCCCCUGGGAGCUUCAAAGAGUCCAACUCCACAAGCUGCUGAUGUCAAUACCUUCUGGUUCCUGCUUGCCCCUUCUGAUUUUAAGUGAUUCACAUGAUGAGGUUUCUGCCUCUUCCAUGCUGGUGAAUAAAUUGGGCUUAUAUGAUAUUGAUAAAUCAAGGAUACAUAGUUUUCAGGUCGUUUCACUCUUAGAGAACCCCCAUUUGAGGCAUUUGGGGUUUUUCAGUGAUGAGAAACUCAAGGAAGGACUAAAGUGGCUAGCAAAUGAAUCACCACCACAACCUGUCCUUCACCGCGUCAAAGUGCUCAACCUGAUUAUUACCCAUUUGAAUUCUUCUAUAGAGAUGCUUGAUUCAAUGAAAGAAAAUGACGUUUCUCCGAACCAGUGUAUCUCAGCAUUUAAUCUUGCCUUGGAUCAGUCGCUUACAGAUGUUACUGCUGCUGCCAAGGAAAAUCCUUCAAACUGGCCUUGUCCGGAGAUUGCUUUGUUGGAGUCUACUGACGAGCACACAAUAACGACUCAUGCUUUGCCUCCUGUAGGAUGGAGCUCAGUCGAAAAUGUCGAACCGCUUAGGCAGGCUUUGAUGGACCUGAAGCUUCCAUCUUUUCCUGAUAUGUCAUGGUUGAGCAAAGGCUCAAAUAUGGUAAACGAGAUACCUAACCAUAGAGAUUACCUAGAAAGUUGCUUGAUUAGUUAUCUGAAUCAAACUAGUGAGAUAAUGGGACAACAGCUUGCAAUGGAAGAGGCUCAUAUCAUGCUCCAAAAAAGUGCUAAACUUGAGCUCCAGAAGUUCAAAUACUUUAUCGUUCCAGAUUGGGUGACUAUUUUUAGACGGAUUUUCAAUUGGAGGUUGAGGUACUUAGCUGGCAGGUCCUCUUAUGUUCAUAUUGUGGAUUGUUACCACAGUGUCUCUCCAACGAGUGGUGUGAAGCUUGAACGUAGGGAACCGCCAUCUUAUCGUCCAGACCAGCCACUUUUAGAUGAACUAAUUGAAGCAGCUUGCAGCUCCCUCUCAAUUGACCAAAGGACACAACUGCCGGAUGCUCAUCAGCCUCUUGCUGCCAUGACGUCAAAUAGUAGGCCUCCUGAGGUUGCUGCUGUAGCAAUCGAUUUUUCAGACAAUGAUCGCGAUAGCACACGAGAGAUUGGCUUUGUUAGUUCUGAGUGUGUACCUAAUUUGGGUCAGAGACUAAGCUGUACAGGUAAAGAACUAGUCGCUAGCAGCACCGUAUAUUCAGAAGCGGUAAGACUGAACGAGUUGUUGGAUCGGUGUAAUGAACUACAGGAUGCCAUAGAAAAAAAGUUGUCCAUUUAUUUCUAACCCUUCUGUUUGUUUUGUUACUGUAAAUUUCUACCAACGGUAUGAUGAUGAUGAGGUAAAAUUUUGUGAGGGAAUAUUCAGUUAUAUUACUCCAGGUGAAGCACAUUGCCUUCAAAUUUUUAA